AUCCUCCACCUCCCAGCUGAUCCUCCAUGUCAGAUAUGGGAGGGGCAGCUACUUCCUAGCAGGUUGCAGGAGAGAGGAGAUGCCAUCUGUGCCUGGAGUCUCCCUCAUGAGCCGAUCUAUCUGCACUGCCUGAUGCUGUGUGUGGCUGAGGAGUGCAUCCAUUGCCUGGCCUGCUUCAUUCCACAUCACCAUCCGAAAAAUCCACUGAGAUAACGACCCAAAGUGAUGACAGCUCUGUCAAGCUAGAAAACAAUCCUUUUGACCAGAAGAGGAGCGACAUUUUGAAGCGCAAAGAUGGGCAAUCGACUACCGUCUGCUGCAUCUCUUGGUCGGUUUUGUCAGAAGCUGAACAGAGUGAAGACUCUGGAGGAUGACUUAAUGGAAACGUCCCUGAAAAGAUGCCUUUCUACAAUUGACCUUACUCUUUUAGGUGUGGGUGGAAUGGUUGGUUCUGGUUUAUAUGUAUUGACUGGUACAGUUGCCAAAGAGAUUGCAGGUCCAGCUGUCAUUCUAUCCUUCCUAAUUGCCGGGGUUGCUUCAUUGCUAGCUGCUCUUUGCUAUGCUGAAUUUGGUGCGCGUGUGCCAAAAACAGGGUCAGCUUAUAUGUUUACAUAUAUUUCAGUUGGUGAAAUCUGGGCCUUUUUAAUUGGGUGGAAUGUCAUCCUGGAAUAUAUGAUUGGUGGGGCUGCAGUGGCACGAGCCUGGAGUGGAUAUCUGGACUCAAUGUUUGACCACAAAAUUAAGAACUUUACAGAAACACAUGUUGGCAGCUGGAACGUCAAGUUUCUAGCUCACUAUCCCGACUUUUUAGCUGCGGGGAUUUUGCUGAUUGCCACAGCAUUUAUUUCUUUUGGUGUCAGAGUAUCCUCAUGGCUUAACCACAUUUUUGCUGCCAUAAGUAUGGGGAUUAUUUUAUUUAUUCUGAUAUUUGGAUUCAUUCUUGCAGAACCCAAGAACUGGGGUCCUGAAUUUGGGGGGUUUGCCCCUUUUGGCUUUUCUGGGAUUAUGUCUGGCACUGCUACAUGCUUUUAUGCCUUUGUUGGAUUUGAUGUCAUAGCGGCAUCCAGCGAAGAAGCUAAAAAUCCACAAAAAGCAGUUCCUAUUGCAACAGCAGUGUCAUUAGGACUUGCUACAUCAGUCUACUUCUUGGUGUCCACAGUAUUGACCUUAAUGGUACCUUGGAAUACACUUGUACCGGACUCAGCUCUUUCUGAUGCAUUUUAUAGACGGGGCUAUUCAUGGGCAGGAUUUAUUGUGGCUGCUGGUUCGAUUUGUGCAAUGAACACUGUCCUCUUGAGUAACCUCUUCUCCCUUCCACGAAUAGUAUAUGCAAUGGCGGAAGAUGGGUUGUUCUUUCAGGUUUUUUCUAAAUUAAAUCCAACCACCAAAGUACCUGUGAUUGGCAUUAUCGUGUUUGGUAUUUUGAUGGCUUUGUUAGCCCUUGUCUUUGACUUGGAAGCUCUAGUGCAGUUUCUAUCAAUUGGCACACUUUUGGCCUACACCUUUGUUGCAGCAAGCAUAAUUGUCCUGAGAUUCCAGCAAGACCAGAUGGAAUUUUCCCAACCAACGGUGCACGAGGCAAGUCCCAUUCGCCACAGUGGUGUUCCUAUUAAAGGUGAAAAUCUGGUUGGAGAAGAAAUGAAGGAAUAUGAAUCAUUCUCAGACAAGCUUCAGCUGGUGGAAACUGAUAAAAAAGGCAAACAUCGCAGAGAAACAGGACACCUGAAAGCUUCUUUUGAGCCAUACCUAAGGUUCUUGAGUGACUUUUACCCCGGAGAGGUUGUCACCAUUGCAGUUGUGGCACUGAUGGUCUCCUGCAUAUGCCUGUGUUCUGUUCUGGUAUUUGGGAGUGAUCAGCUGCACCUUCCUACAUGGGCUUUUUAUAUGCUGCUUGUGAUUUUUUUGAUUGGGUUUUUAAUCAGCCUGUUUUUAAUAUGGGUGCAUGAACAGCAGAGGAAAACAGCAACAUUCCAGGUUCCAUUGGUUCCACUUAUUCCAGCUUUGAGUAUUCUGUUAAACAUUUAUCUCAUGUUGAAACUGAACUACAUGACUUGGAUACGGUUCUCCGUCUGGAUUGUACUGGGUCUCAUAGUUUAUUUUGGCUAUGGCAUCUGGCACAGUAAGGAGAACUUACGGGAACCCAAGGACCACAGCGUCACAGCACGUUAUGUUGUCUUUCCGAGUAGCAGCCUGGAAGAAACUGUGCAACAAGUGCAGCCUCACUCCCAGGAUACUAUGGGAAGGGCUGUGAUUGUUGAUGAGGAAUCUGAAAAGAGGUGAUGCUUGAGAAUUUUAGGAAUAUGCAUAAAGUGGAAAACUCAGUAACUGUCUUAGUUCAAUUAGUUUCUCCAGGUGAGCUGAGACAACACAACACCACUGUGGUUUGUACAGUAUUUAUCAAUUAUUUUGUAAAAGUAUAUGUGUAGAACAUGGAGAACAGUUAUAUUGUAAACAACAGAGCCUUGCUUAACAUAGGUUUACUUAUGAUGAUGGUAAAGAGAUGUAUGAAGGAUCUACUCAACCCUCUUCCCAGGUAUGUUUGCAGUAUGGUUUGACACUGGGCAUAUCACUAGCACUAUUGUGUCAUAACCAUUAAUAUACUUUGCCCAAGUAUAAAUCACAAAGGGAUUUUAAUAAAAAAAAAUUAAGGUGGACAGGUUUUAGCAGCUGCUGAAAAUUGGUGGAAGAGCAUGGGGCAGAAUACCCUGUCCCCCCCUACUAUUUAUAAGGAUAUUCAUCCUGCUGCCAGUCUGAGAGUUGUUGUUGGGAGUUGUAGUGCAACAACAGCUGGGGAUUCACAGAAACUAUUCUGUAGGAAGCGAUAAUCCAUAUGUUGUCCAGGGUGUAUACAGUAGCAUUAUUGAUCAUUAGAAGGGGCAUUAGAAUUCGUACCAAAGAAUAGAUAAUUUAAUAAAUAAGGAUAUCUAGCAACUACACAACGUUUUGUGAUACAGCUAUGCCAUCAAUUUGACAUAUUCAUUUAUAUAGUGGACAAUGGGCUUAUUCCUAUAUGCCCAUGUAGUCAUGGCUUUAGCACAAUGUCCACCACACCCAGUCAUUUGUUAUUUCCUACACGGGUUACUUAGUCCCUAAUGUAAAUGUUACAUUGAUAUGUUAAUUUUUUUGCAGGGAGGAAUGGGUGCAUUCCACUUAUGGGUCGUAUGAGCACUUAUAUGUGGAAGUUCUCUUGGUUGGGUCAGUAAACCAUAGCAACCAGCUAGAAAUUUGCAUUUACUAUUCAACAGCAGACAGUACUAUCUUAUGAUUGGUUAGUGUGGGUCAAUGCACUAGUGCAGGUUUGCCUUGCUUUAGCAUGUGUGCUCUUAUGUCUUUAUAUCUUAUAAACUGAGCAUACUGGGAGUGAUAAACAAGGAUUUUCAGCCCCAGCUGAACUACUGACACUUGGCUAGAUUAUAACCUUUCCCAGGUUUAAGUAACUAUUCGACAAACAACUUGAUUCUUUGUUAGGCCCUUAAAUUAAAAAAAUACACAUACUUGUAAAAACAGCAAGGACAUAUCCUAUAGGAGUAGGGUACUGUCUGCCAAUAUAAAUGUUGUGAAUAUUUUAUUAGUGCUAUUGUAGUAAUUGCCUGCUCGCAAGCUUGUGCACUAUUCCAGUCCUGCAGCCAGUUGCUGUUUUUAGAACUGGUUUUGCCGGUGUAACAAUCUUUCUGCAGUAGAAUCAUUUGUUUUUCCAUUAGUGUUUAAGAGUUGGAAGCGGGACAAUUAUUGUUGAGUUCUAAAUGUUUUGGACUUGAUAAUAAAACUUGCAGUAUGCACUCUUGUUAUGCCCAGGCUGUACGAUAAUAAUAUGUAUCUGUCCUUUAUAGAUAUUUCCGUGUCUUUGAGACUGAAGCAUAUAUGGGUGGAACGCGAUUGUUGUUAAAUGGGAUCAACCAUUUCCCCAGUAGGCAAGCAGAAACUGUUCUCUUGCCCUCUUGAAGAAUAAUUUGCUUUAACACAUUCCCCUGAUUUUUUUUCCUGGUCUCCGAAAAACAAAAAUGGGGGUUCAUAGGGAUACAAAUUCUUGGUGCUUCUUCAUCUAUAGCAAGGGUCCCCAACCUUUUUUUUACCUGUGAGCUCCAUUCAAAACAAGCUUGAAUGGAGACUGGCAGCCUACAGAAGUUUUUGUUUGGCAUUAUGUCUGGCUUUUAUGCAACCAAAACUGGCUUUCAAGCCUGGAAUUCCAAAUUAAGCAUCUGUUUUGAGGCCACUGGGAGCAACAGUCACGGGGUUGGUGAGCAACAUUUUGCUCACGAGCCACUGGUUGGGGAUCACUGCUCUUUAGUUUACCAUUUGAGGCCUUUUUUAUAUUUACCAUCCAAAUGGUUGGUUUUCUUAUGUAACAAGAAGCAGCAAAGCCAUACUUAGAACUGUGUAAAAAUGACCCUGUUUUUAGGUCUAAAUUCUAAAACAUGGUUAUGAUUGAAAGAGUUUAUACACUGUAUAUACACGACCGCUAUACAUGACCAUUUCAUUGCAAAUUCCUUUAACCUACUCGCAUUUACUGAAACCUGGCUUUCUCCUACCGACA